AUGGACUCUAUUCGCAAUUCAAUCGACUCGUUCAACGACUAUGUGGGCAAGUCGACAUUCGGCUCCGUCUUUCGCCUCGGAGGCUCCGGACAUAAAGAUGAAAUCAAACACACAAAGUUCACCACCGAAGUGAGGGCCGGCCUUACCUCCUUCUUCACCAUGGCCUACAUCAUCGCUGUGAAUGCCAACAUCCUCGCCGACACGGGUGGCACCUGUGUAUGCAAAGACGCUGCCGACCCACUAUGCUUGACCAACACCGACUAUCUCAUCUGCAAGCAGGAUCUCAACCGCAACCUAAUCACAGCAACCGCAGCAAUGGCAGGCGUCAGCUCCUUCCUCUUUGGUUUCCUGACCAACAUGCCAGUUUGUCUCGCGCCCGGUAUGGGUUUGAAUGCCUACUUUGCCUAUCAAAUCGUCGGUUUCCACGGCAGCGGUCUCAUCUCAUACAACCUCGCACUCACAGCCGUCUUCGCCGAGGGUUUCAUUUUCGUCUUCCUGUCUCUAGUCGGUAUGCGACAGUGGCUCGUCAAGAUCAUCCCCGUAUCGCUCAAGAUCGCCGCCGCUUGUGGUAUUGGUUUGUUUCUAGCAGAGGUCGGCCUCAGUCACAAUGCCGGUAUUGGGGCUAUUUCUGGCGCUAAAAGUACCCCUCUUGACAUCGCGGGGUGUCCUGAUCAAUACAAGGACAAGUUUGGCGCCUGUACAAGCCAUAAGAUGACUUCUCCCACGAUGUGGCUGGGCAUCAUGGGUAGUGGCAUCCUCACAGCCUACUUGAUGACGUACAAGGUCAAAAGCGCCAUGAUCCUGGGUAUCUUGCUUGUAUCCAUCAUCUCAUGGCCACGCGGAACAGCUGUUACUUUCUUCCCCGACACCGAGGUAGGAAACGACCGCUUCGACUUCUUCAAAAAGGUAGUCGACUUCCACCCUAUCAACCAUACAUUGAACGCCCUGGACUGGAAUGUCAGUCGCGCACCAGGCCACUUCGCCCUCGCUCUCUUCACCUUUCUCUACGUCGACAUCAUUGAUUGCACCGCCACUCUCUACUCCAUGGCUCGUUUCUCCGGAGUGGUUGAUCCAGAGACAGGAGAUUUCCCUCGAUCAACCUUGGCCUACUGCACAGAUGCUGCUUGCAUUUCCAUUGGCGCACUUCUCGGCUGUUCGCCUGUCACGGCCUUUAUUGAAAGCGGUGCUGGAAUUGCCGAAGGAGGCAAGACUGGUUUGACCGCCAUGACAUGCGGAGUUGGAUGCCUUAUGAUGCGCCAAAUAUCGUCGAUCAACUGGCGGUAUAUCGGCGACGCAAUCCCUGCUUUCGUAACCGUCAUGUUCAUUCCGUUUGGCUACAGCGCCGCUUAUGGUCUCAUUGCUGGCCUCAUGGUUUAUACUGCGCUCAACGGCAUGAUCUACCUCACCAAAGUCAUCUCAGGUGGGUAUAUUGUCCCGGAAGAUGAAGAAAAUCGCGAAUACUGGACCAUCACACCCCGCGGCCGCCUCCCCUGGUUCGUCACAGCAAGCCAAACACUAGCGCAUCGCGUGCGCGGCACAGAGCGACCCAAAGAUGACGACACCCUGUCGGUCCGCAGCGGCGACUCGCACUGGAAGUACCAUGACCGACUUGCAUCGCAGGGCUCCAACCGCGAGCUGGACAGCGUAGUCGUGCACACAGCGCUACCGACAGACCCGCGUGGCCAGAAGGUGUUUAGCAAGCUGGGCAAAUAA